AUGGUGGAGGCCGCCGGAGGACACGGGAAGGUUAUGGCCAACUACUUCCCUACUGCCCUGACUGGCCGCGUGCUCGUCGACAGUGGGAGCUCGAUCAACCUUCUCUUCACCGAUGCACUAGAUGCCCUGCAAAUUCUGAGAAGCUCAUUAAAGCCAUCCCCACCUUUCUUCGGGAUCACCCCAAGCUCCUCGGCCAAGCCGCUAGGACAAAUCGAGCUACCGGUCAUCUUCGGCUCGCCGGACAACUUCAGGACCGAAAGGGUCCUCUUCGAUGUGGCUGACUUUGGGACUGCGUAUAACGCGAUCCUCGGGCGACUGAAAAUGGCCAAGUUCAUGGCCGUUGCUCACUACGUGUACCAGGAAAUCAAGAUCCCUGGGCCAACAGGGGCCAUCACCGUUGCUGGCAACGCCAAGACGGCCCUGUACUGCGACAAGAGGAGCCUCGACAUUGUCAAGCUAACUUCCGGGUGCCAGCCCGAGACCGCUGAACCCAGCGGACAGCCAGUAAAAAUCCAGGUCGUCAUUCAUGGGAACAGAAAACAUCUCUUGCGUGCUCCAAACAAUUAA